GACAGCACCAGAUUAAGACGACGGAUCGGUUUCAUUAGUGCUUGCAGCAUAAACGAAACACGACUGCCAGAUAUCGAGCCUCAGAUAAAGGAGAGACUGGCAUUCGCAUCAGAUUCAGAUACAGUACGUGCCUAAGUAUAGGGUCACUUCAGUGACGAAAGAGAAAAAAAAAGAUGCCGCAGAAAAAGCCCCUGCAUCGCCUUUCGAAGCAAUUCUUUGCCAUUCAUCAGGAUCCAUCUCCAGCCCAAUCUCCCUCGCUAGAUGAUUCACCAGGCAAACGGAUCUUAACACCAGCUUCUGCCGGCACCGUCUACAGCAUGCCGAGUCGUGCGGCCUCCGUUUCAAAGCAGGCCCUGGCCCGAACGGCUACGAUCCGCAGCGUGCCCAGCCUUGAGGGCUCCGAGACGAGCCCCGAGAGCAACCACGCCAGCGGCCUCUCCAGCAGCGUCAACAGCAAGGCCAGCGCCCUGUCCGUCACGGCGUCCAAUGGGGCGCAGAUUGAGACAACACCGUCGCCUGCGGCCAAGCCUGGUGUCGAUAACGCCGCGAACGACUCGCCUGCGCACGCAAACAACGGCAAUGGCCCCGUCCCUAGGGUUGUGGAAUCGUCGCCGCCCCCAGAAGAGAUUAGCGGUUUGGCGGAAGGGGAUCACGACAACCACGACAGUGCGCAGUGGGAUUCGACAAUUGGCAAGGCCGGCUUGGGAAAGACAGGCCGAGUCAUCAACAAGCUCGUCAGCGACAAUGACGCCCUGAAGCGCGAGAUCAAGAUUGAGCGAUUGCGAGCGGAAGAAGCGAAGCAGGCGGCCAAGCUGGUGGAAGACAAGAUGGAGCGCAUGAUUAGCGACUACGAGAGCCGGUUACUAGAAGCAAACGUCACCAAGACGCUGCUGGCAAGAAAAGAACGACAGGUCGAAACGCUCAUGGCAACGGUCGAUACAGAGAAGAAGAAGACGGUAGCGGCUCAGGAGCUGGAGCGAAACUGGAGGGACGAGAUGGAAAAAGUCAAACGCGACGCCAAGACACAAGUUGACGAUGCAACAAGCUAUGCGCAGCUGAUGGAGGGCCGGUACAACGCCAUCUCCUCCCAUUGGCGCGACCAGGGCGACGAGGUCAACAAGGCCAUAUCCACGAUCAAAACCGAGAUCAACACCAUCGUUGACGAGCGCAAGUCGGACGACGAUAAGAUCCAGACCCUACGAGACUUGUGCGAGCAGCAGGACAGCAACAUCCAGAAGCUACGGCGCGAAAAAGAAGACAUUGCGCGGUUGUUUGAAGAGUACAAGAAGACACAAGAAAGCGACCUGAAGGAUAUGAAGGAGAACGCCAGGCAGACAGAAGAAGAGCAGCAGAAGCUAUUAGAGGAAGCUCGAGAGACGCUUCACAAGCUAAGAUGGGCUCUCAAUGUUAAAGAGAACGUCCAGGGCGCCCAAUGAAGCAUUUAAACCAACACCACUUCCUCUUCGUCCACGCUCCUCUGCUGUUCUCCUGCAUUCUUCCCUUGUCUUAUUCUUCACGGCCACAUCC